AUGUUUGUACUAUCUUUAGUUUAUUUAUUGAUAUUUUUUAUAUUUAAUGUUGAAACAUUUUUACAUUUUAAUAAUAAUACAUAUGUUGAGCAAUUAUCAUCAAAUUAUUUUUAUUCAUCUAUUAAACCAAAACCUGUUCCUGAACCUUAUCUGAUUAGUAUAAAUGAUGAACUGAUGAAUUUACUUUCAUUAUCAAUGAUUGAUCGAAAACAAAUGGCUGAAUUGCUAAGUGGAAAUAAACUUUUAUCCGGUUCUAAACCUGUUGCAAUGAUUUAUGCUGGUCAUCAAUUUGGUUAUUUUACUUCACAAUUAGGUGAUGGUCGAGCUAUUCUUCUUGGUCAAAUCAAUCAAUGGGCAUUUCAUGCUAAAGGUACUGGACCAACACAAUAUUCUCGAGGUGGUGAUGGUCGUGCGGUAUUACGUUCAUCAAUACGAGAAUAUCUUGUAUCUGAAGCAAUGUUUCAUUUAGGUAUUGAAACAACACGUGCAUUAAGUCUUGUCGGCUCAGUUAAUUUACCUGUCUAUCGUGAAACAAUUGAAACAGCUGCUAUUGUCGUACGUGUUGCACCCAUUACUGCAUUUAUACGUAUGGGUACAUUUGAAAUAUUUUCUGUUCGUGGUCAAUAUGAACAAGUUCGACAAUUAGCUGAUUUUGUUAUUAAUAAUAUGUAUUAUAAACCAAAAUUAGAUAAAUACCGAUAUAACCACCUAUUAAUCGAUAUUGCUCAUCGAACAGGAAUACUUAUUGCCUAUUGGCAAGCAUUUGGUUUUACACAUGGAGUAUUAAAUACUGAUAAUAUGAAUGUAAUUGGAUCUACAAUUGAUUAUGGACCAUUUGGUUUUGUUGAAGAUAAAAUUGAUGGUUAUGUACCAAAUCACUCCGAUGAUGAAGGUCGAUAUGCAUUUGAUCGGCAACCAUCAAUAGGUGCUUGGAAUCUUGCUAAAUUACGUUUAGCAUUGAAUACAUUAAUUGAUACGACAAAACAUGUCAAUGAACAAAAUGAAUUUUGGUUAUAUUUUAAUCUUACAUAUGAUAAAUUAAUGCGUCAAAAACUUGGUUUAACAUUUUAUCUUCAAUCAGAUAAAUGGCUUUAUGAAGAAAUUCUUCGUUUAUUAGAUUUAUAUCAUAUUGAUUAUACGAAAUUUUGGAGAGAACUUGCUGAUGAUAUUAUUCCGAAUGAAAUACAACAGGAAUCUUGGUUUAAUAUAUAUAAGCAAAGAUUAGCUAAAGAAGGUAGUUAUGCUAAAAAGAUCCGUCGUGAACGAAUGAAUCGUAUUAAUCCAAAAUAUAUUCUACGAAGCUAUAUGGCUCAAAUAGCUAUUGAAAAAGCACAACAAGGUGAUUUUAAUGAAAUUGAUCGACUUCUACAUUUACUUCGACGACCCUAUGACGAACAACCAGACAUGAAUGAUUAUGCAAAAACAUCUCCUGAAUGGGCUAAAAAACUUAUUAUUUCAUGUUCAUCUUAA